CAUGCGUAGUAAAAGUCUACGUUGGCGUGAUCCAAACGUUGUGUUGUUAAUCAGGAAGGACCUACUCAGAGUACUGGUCCAGUUUUGACUGGACACUCAGGUGUGGGUGUGUCUGCGUGUUUGAGUCCAUCACCUUGCAAAGAUGGAUUUCCAGCAUCGAGCUGGAGGGAAGACGGGGAGCGGUGGAGUGGCGUCUGCCUCUGAGAGUAACCGUGACAGACGGGAGCGGUUACGUCAGCUGGCCCUGGAGACCAUUGACAUCAACAAAGAUCCAUAUUUUAUGAAGAAUCAUUUAGGAUCAUAUGAGUGCAAGCUUUGUCUGACACUUCAUAACAAUGAGGGUAGCUACUUAGCUCACACACAAGGAAAGAAACAUCAGACCAACUUAGCACGAAGAGCUGCCAAAGAGGCCAAAGAAGCUCCUGCUCAGCCAGCUCCAGCGAAAGUCAAAGUUGAGGUCAAGAAGUUUGUCAAAAUUGGUCGACCAGGAUACAAAGUAACCAAACAGAGAGACCCUGAGACGGGACAGCAGUCUUUACUAUUCCAGAUCGAUUACCCAGAGAUCGCUGAAGGAAUUGGACCAAGGCAUCGUUUCAUGUCUGCUUACGAACAGCGAAUUGAGCCCCCUGAUCGUCGCUGGCAGUACCUGCUGCUUGCUGCUGAGCCAUAUGAGACUAUUGCCUUCAAGGUCCCCAGUAGAGAAAUUGAUAAAGCAGAAAACCGCUUCUGGACCCACUGGAACAGAGAAACUAAACAGUUCUUCCUGCAGUUUCACUUCAAAAUGGAGAAAGCUAUUACUCAGUCCAGUGGUCCAGCACCUCCUGCAGGGGUGAAGCGCCCCCCUCCUCUCAUGAGUGGAGUUGGACCUCGGUCACUAAAUGAUAGUAUGCCUCCUCCCCCGCCAGGAGGGAUGCCCGUCCCCCCUCUUCCACCUGGUGCCCCAGGUGCCCCCCAGAUGCCCAUGCCCCCCAUGCCGAUGAGGCCACCACCACCUGACGGCCUUACAAUGUCUAAUAAUUGAUCAUCUAUCAGUGGAUUAGGAUCUCUAUCUUUCAUGGGCUGCAGUCACACUGCCCUGCCUGUCGACAGUGUCUGUCUUGCUUUCGAUAUGGCAGGUACAUUCAGUUUUAUUAUUUCCUCAGAUGAUGUUUAAAAUCCAUUUGUUUGGUUUAUGUAAAUGUGCAGGACAGUCUGUUAUUCUCACAGUGUAAUAGUGACCACACUGUUUUGUAUAAAUGCUUAGGCUCAAAAAUCUUUUAAGAGUCUGUUUUUGUAAUUAAAUGGCGU